AUGGCUCUGGGAGACAAUACACAACGAAGUUACUCUAUCAUCCCAUGUUUCAUCUUUGUUGAGCUUGUCAUUAUGGCUGGGACGGUCUUGCUUGCCUACUACUUUGAGUGCACGGACACUUUCCAGGUACAUAUUCAAGGCUUCUUCUGUCAAGACAGCAAUUUGAUGAAACCAUAUCCAGGAAUAGAGGAUGAAAGCUUCAUUUCCCCUCUUGUCCUCUACUGUGUCCUGGCUGCAACCCCAACAGCAAUUAUUUUUAUUGGAGAGAUAUCUAUGUAUUUCAUCAAGUCCACUAGAGAAAGCUUAACUAUCCAAGAGAAAACAAUUUUGACAGGAGAAUGCUGUUACCUGAAUCCACUACUUCGGAGAAUCAUUCGAUUUAUAGGAGUAUUUGCAUUUGGUCUUUUUGCUACCAACAUAUUUGUAAAUGCUGGCCAGGUAGUGACUGGAAACUUGGCACCCUAUUUCUUGACUGUCUGUAAACCCAACUACACUGGGAGUGACUGCCGAGCUCAUCACCAGUUUGUUAACAAUGGGAAUAUCUGCACCGGCGACCAAGAUGUGAUUGAGAAAGCGAGGAGAUCUUUUCCAUCCAAACAUGCUGCUUUAAGCAUAUAUUCAGCCUUAUAUGCUACAAUGUACAUCACUAGCACAAUCAAGACAAAGAGCAGUCGGCUUGCCAAGCCAGUAUUGUGUCUGGGGACACUUUGUGCUGCCUUCCUUACAGGGCUCAACCGAGUUUCUGAGUACCGAAACCACUGUUCAGAUGUCAUUGCAGGCUUCAUCUUGGGAAGCGCAGUAGCACUCUUCCUGGGCAUUUGUGUAGUCCAUAAUUUCAAGGGAGCACAUGGGACACCUUCAAAAUCAAAACUGGAUGAGCAAAGAGGCGUGCCCUUGAUGGCGUUUCCACGAGUGGAAAGUCCUUUGGAGACACUGAGUGCCCAGAAUCAUUCUGCUUCUAUGACCGAAGUAACCUGAUCUGGACAUCAAGAGAAUUUUUUUAUUGCCCUCUGCUACAGUACUCCCACAAGAAUACACAGUUAUACUAAUUGUCAAACUGUGAUGACCAGUAUUAUGUUAUGUCUAGUUAGGAACUAAUGUUUUUGUA